AUGAGAACUUAUGAGCGAUAGAAAUCCUCUGGAGUUGUUCAGUCAAUUGAGAGAUUAGAGAUUAAUGAAAUUCUAUUAAAUAAAUCUCCUACUUCGAGACUACAAAGUGUUUAACCUCAUCUGAACACCGAAGCAAGGAGAUUAUCAAAAGAUAUGACACCCGUUAAAAGAAACAAUAGCUUGAGUGAUCCAAUAAUGAUAGCUAUAAAGUAAUAAAAUGCAAUGGAAGAAAAUAAUCAGCAGCUUAUCAGAUAUAGGAGACAUGAGAAGCAUUGGAGGAAGCUAUCUAUGUAUUCACCAAGAAAGCAUACAGAUGGCUUUAAUCUACAUGAAGUUAUUCUCAACAUAUUUCUGACAUUCUUUGGCACUUACUCUAUUAUCAAGAGUGUAAAGACAGUAAUGUUGUUCUCUUGUAUCUUAAAUGUUACUGAAAUCAUGCCACUAAAUCCUCCACUUACUAUGAACCAAUUAGCAAUUAAAUAUGUGCUUAAGUAUUUUAGGAUAUUUGGCACUCUUUGCAUAAUAGCUAAUGGGUUAGCACUAUAUGCUAUUAGAAGAGUUAAAAUAAUUAGAGCUAUUGGUAACUUGAAGAACGAAUAGUUCAAAGUAGUAUAUAGAAGAGUCAACAGUUUUAAGCUAAGUUAUAAGGCCAAUGAUUAAGAUAUAUUUGAAGAAGAUAGCUUUGUAACAGAUGAAAAUGGGGCUGAUGAUUUAUUAAAGAAAAAUAAGGAUUAAUAUGAAGAUCGUGUUAAUAGCAGUAAAAACAAGGAUUCGUCAAAUGAUUCUAAUGAUGAACCAAGAAUAGUUUUGAAAAUUAAAUCUGAUGGGAGAUACAGGAAAACAGUGUCAUCAUCAAUAAAUCUAGAUGACAAAGAAGACGAUGAUUAAAAAUAAAUUUUUUGA